AUGUGCCGUAGACCCUUGGGACAGGUGAAAGGGAAGGCUAAGGUGAAGGUGGCCAUCGAUUUGAACGCUGAUGGGACUACAAGGGAGAGUUGGAGUUCAAAGUCCGCUGUCAAGAAGGUUUACUAUACACUUACUAUCAAUGGUGUAGAGUUCCCGGUGGAAGUGAAUAAUCAUAAGUGGCAGAAUUGGGGUCGAGACUGGGACAUCCCUGGGAUGUCCUAG